AUGUCCGCACAGUCCACCAUGACGACGGCGGAGCACUGGCAAAUGAUUGAAGGGCAAGUUCCUGAUGCCAUCUUUGGGCUUGCAAAACGCGCCGCCGCCGCCAAAGGCCCCAAGGCUAACCUCGUCAUCGGUGCCUACCGCGACGACAAUGGCAUUCCCUACCCUCUGCGCGUGGUCCGCAAAGCUGAGCGACUUCUUAUAGACAUGAAUCCCGACUACGAGUACCUGCCCAUCUCUGGCUACCAGCCCUUCAUUGAUGAGGCGGUAAAGAUGGUGUACGGCGAUGCCGUCGAGCUGGAGAACCUUGUUGCGGUGCAGUCGCUGAGCGGCACCGGUGCCCUCUCUCUCGGUGCGAAGCUGCUGACUUACGUCUACGACGCUGAGAAGACGCCUAUAUACCUGUCCAACCCCACGUGGCCCAACCACAACUCCAUCGUGAAGGGUGCUGGCUGGAAGAACAUCCACACGUACACCUACUACGAUCCUAAGACGGUAAGCCUGAACUUUGAGGGCAUGAAGAAGGACAUUCAGGCCGCGCCGAAUGGAUCCGUGUUCAUUCUACACCAGUGCGCGCACAACCCCACUGGUGUGGACCCAUCACAGGAGCAGUGGGAUGAGAUCGCGGAGCUGAUGCUAGCCAAGCAUCACCAGGUAUUCUUCGACUCUGCUUACCAGGGCUAUGCGAGCGGCAAUCUCGACGAGGACGCGUACGCCGUCCGCCUGUUUGCACGGCGCGGUAUCGAGGUACUGCUGGCACAGUCCUUCUCCAAGAACAUGGGCCUGUACAACGAGCGCACUGGUACGUUGUCGCUGCUCCUCAAAAACAAGACUAAGUGCGCGGAUGUGAAGAGCGUGUUGGAGUCGCUGAUCCGUUCGGAGUACACCUGCCCCCCGGCUCAUGGUGCCCGCUUGGUUCACCUCAUCCUGAGCAACAGCGAGCUACGGAAGGAGUGGGAGGUGGAGCUGGCGGCCAUGGCGGAGCGCAUCCGCACGAUGCGGCGGAUUGUGUACGACGAGCUGCUGCGCUUGCAGACGCCGGGAAGCUGGGAACAUGUGAUCAACCAGAUCGGCAUGUUCUCCUUCCUCGGGCUGUCAAAGGAGCGCUGUCAGUACUGCCAGGACCACAACGUCUUCAUCACACUGACGGGCCGCGCCAACAUGGCGGCUCUGACACACGAGACGGCCCUGCUGCUGGCCCAGACAAUCAACGAUGCUGUGCGGUCUGGAUAA